AGUCAGCAGAUUGCGGUCUGCGACUUUAAGGCAAUGCUGCUACUGUGACGUAUAAUCUAGUGGACGGAACGCUUCUUUCAACAGCAGCAACAGUUAGUCAGACACCUCGGGAGCUUGCUAGACAAAAUAGACGAACCAACAAAGAGCUUUAGACGCUUUAGUGUAUAUUAGCCACUGUGUUUUAAACCCACUUCUGACGUCUAGUUAGUUAUCCCUUUUAAUCUCAUAAUUUUCAUAUUUACGGUAUUGUUUUUAUUCAUCUAGCGGGCUGGUUAAGUUAGCAUUAGCCUAGCUAGCUAACAUCUCCAACCAUGAGGUCACUAAGCUACUCUCUUGUUAAUGAAGAGGAGGACUGCUGGACGGAGAAAGGAGCUAUGGUGAAAGAGGAGGAGGAAGAGGAGGAUGUCACAGUAAAACAAGAAUUAGAGGGCGAGGCUGUUACAGUUAAACAAGAAUUAGAGGGUGAGGCUGUUGCAGUUAAACAAGAAGAGAAAGACGUUUCAGUGAAAGAAGAGGAAGACGCGUUCAAAGAGGAAGAGGAUUUUACAGUAAAAGAAGAGAAGGAUGCAGCUUUUGGGGUGAAAGAGGAGGGGGAGAUGACUGUCACAUCGAAAAAGGAGGAGGAGGAAACUGGAUAUCUAGGCCCGGUUUCCCAAACGCAUCUUAAGACAUCCAAUGGUUCUAAGGAUGAACUUAGCCAUAAUAUGGUUUUGAGAGACCGUUCCCUGAUUAACACUAGAGAGAGACGGGACUACCGUGGGUCCUCUGGGGAGCCUCAACAACCUCAUGAUGCUGACAAGGCAGAGAAGAGUUUCUCCACAUCAGAACACCUCAAGAAACACCCGCAGAGAUCCACAGGGAAGAAAUCUCACUGCUGCUCUGACUGUGGGAAGAGAUUCACCUCCUCAUCAGGAAUUAAAAUUCAUCAGAGAACACACACAGGAGAGAAAUCUUAUAGCUGUGGUCAAUGUGGGAAGAGUUUUACUUGUUCAACCAGCCUGAUAUCACACCAGAGAACACACACAGGAGAGAAACCGUAUAGCUGUGAUCAAUGUGGGAAGAGUUUUGUUGCAUCUGGCCUUCUGAAGAUACACCAGAGAACACACACAGGAGAGAAACCGUAUAGCUGUGAUCAAUGUGGGAAAAGUUUUGUUACAUCUGGCCAUCUGAAGAUACACCAGAGAAUACACACAGGAGAGAAACCUUAUAUCUGUGCUCAAUGUGGGAGGAGUUUUGGUCAAUCUGGCCAGCUGACAUCACACCAGAGAAUACACACAGGAGAGAAACCUUAUAGCUGUGAUCAAUGUGGGAAGAGUUUUGGUCAUUCUAGGACUCUGACUCUACACCAGAGAAUACACACAGGAGAGAAACCUUAUAGCUGUGAUCAAUGUGGGAAGAGUUUUGGUCAAUCUGGCCAGCUGACAUCACACCAGAUAAUACACACAGGAGAGAAAUCUUAUAGCUGUGGUCAAUGUGGAAAUAGUUUUGGUCGAUCUGGCCAGCUGACAUCACACCAGAGAACACACACAGGAGAUAAAUCUUAUACCUGUGGUCAAUGUGGGAAGAGUUUUACUUCAUCUAGCAAUCUGACUGUACACCAGAGAAUACACACAGGAGAGAAACCUCAUAGCUGUGAUCAAUGUGGGAAGAGGUACACUGAUAAAAGAUCUCUGAUUAAACAUCAGAAAAUACAUGGAGUUGUUUCAUGAUAUCAAUGAAUUAAUGUCACAAUGUAAAAUGUUUUAACAUUGUAGUAGGAGUAUUUUAAUGAUGUCAUAAUGUAAAAUGUUUUAACAUUGUAGUAGGAGUAUUUUAAUGAUGUCAUAAUGUAGAAUGUUUUAACAUUGUAGUAGGAAUAUUUUAAUGAUGUCACAAUGUAGGAUGUUUUAACAUUGUAGUUGGAGUAUUUUAAUGAUGUCACAAUGUAGAACCCUAAACGUUUGUCCCCUGUUCUAUUGAUUUCAACAUGAUAUGGAUAUUAGCCUCAGGGGGAAAAUCCAGGCUCUGAAUUGGAAGAGUAUUAUUUAUGAGAUUUAACAAAAAGUGACUAACACAAAAAGAGCUGUGUUACACUUACCAUGUUGAUGACCCACUUGAAUCAAAAUGCAACACUUCAAAAUGUAGCGAUCUGUUUUCUACAAAUUGUCCUCUAAUCAGGGAUGUACACAUUAUUCCCAUAUUCUGUGUGUUUUUUGAGCUUUUAGUUUUAACAGGACGCGUAACCUCAUCUCCCUUCUGUCACACAAAUGAUUUUGACAUGAUAGCGAUGAGUGAUGACAAAUAAGGGUUGUGUUCCUUUGUUUAGCGUCCCCUACAUUUAAAUGCAUCACUCCAAAAUGUAGCUGACUGUCUUCUGCAGGUUGUCCUCUAACCAGUGAGGUAAAAUAUAUCUCCCAUUUCCAUGUGUUUUUUUUUAGUUGUGUUAGUUUCAACAGCAAGUACAUUCUGAUUUCCCCCCUAAUCGAUAUCAGUGAUUUAUUGCUACUUGUCAAAACAACAGCGUUUCUGGUGCUUGUGCAGUUUAUAAGGAGCUUGUUUUAAAAAAUAUUAUUAUUGUGGCAGAUGUUUGUGUAUAUACCACAUGUUAGGUUUUCAAUUGAUCCCAAACUGUUUCUGCAUAUUGGUUAUUGAUUUGGACAUGUUAAACUGUGUUUUGACAUUGGGGCUAUCCCACCUAGCAACUAUGCAACCAAAUAUUUCAUAUUUACAUUUCAUGUAACAUUUGGUAAUGGUAAUUAUUUAUGCAACCAACUGACAAUUAUAUUGACAUUGUGCUUUUAGAAUAGCAGGGUUCAUUCUCAGAUGUGCCAACCCAAAUGUACUAGAGCAUGACAUUGGGGACUGGGCCCCGAUCCAACAACAUUUACAUUUACAUUUAAGUCAUUUAGCAGACGCUCUUAUCCAGAGCGACUUACAAAUUGGAAAGUUCAUACAUAUUCAUCCUGGUCCCCCCAUGGGAAUUGAACCCACAACCCUGGCGUUGCAAGCGCCAUGCUCUACCAACUGAGCCACACGGGACCAUGCCUAUCUAGUGAACCCUGAAAAGAGGGAGAAGCUCCGCAGUGAGGUGGAAAGUUACUACGGAUAUUGCAGGAGUUUCCUCUUGAAAUCAGACAUGUCCGUGGUGAGAACAACCUGGUUGCUGAUUGUCUCAAGGGUGGGCAGUCAAAAUGUUUUGCGUUUAGCCAGUGCGUUGCCAUGGAUCACAAUUUAUUUUGACUGUUUUUCCGUAUUGGAGAUGAGUUUUGUUUGGUCUCGUUCCAAGGGGACGAGAGUUCUAGAAGCGAGUGAGUAUUUAGGAAGACGAGAGUUCUAGAAGCUAGUGAGUUUUAGGAAGACGAGAGUUCUAGAAGCUAGUGGGUUUUAGGUUUCUCUGUGGGGAAAAUAAAUAUUGUUUUUAGUUGUUAGACAGACACCAUGUUUAUAUUGGUGAUGGUGAAGCAUUGUAGUUGAUUAUAAUGUGACAUGGAAGUUGUUUUCUGUUGGUGGUGAGCAUUCUCUUAAGCUUUUGGUUUUUCCAUUUAUGUUUUGAGGUUGGACUUUAGCACGUCUAGCUCGUUAGCACGUAGGACGCACUGAUUGGUGUCACCUCGUUAGUCAGUAUGUGUUACACCUGUGCUGGCUUGUCCAUCUCGUUAGUGGGAAGGUGUUUCACCUGAGCUGGUCCAGGUUCUAUUUAAGAGUGUCUGGCCCAGUGCUCCAGUUGUCUUGAUAGAUGUGGAGAGUCAACACCUUUAGUUGCUCCACCUUUUUGGUUUGCUUCCUGUCUUUAAGUUUGUUGUGGGUUUUUCUUUUGUUUGCCUCUUCUUGGGCAGAUUUAGUGGAUGUCAUGGUGGGUGUCUUUUAGGUCCCAGUUGCUACCAGUCAAUUUUCAGUCGAUGCCCCCGUAGUGUCUUUCAGAGCCCCUCCUAAAAAACAAGUUAUGUUUUGGGUUGGAUGUAGCAUCAUAUUGCUAAUAUUUUAAUCAAUGGCAUUUCCUUUGCAAUGCUCAUUAGUCUUUCAGUUGUUCUUUGUUUUUUUAUCCUCAAUAUUUCUGUUUAUUUUCAUUGUUUUUUUCCUGUGAAGCCAUUGUGUUGCAUCCAUGUCUGAAAUGUGCUGUAUAAAUAAAGCUUGAUUUGACUUCAACAAAUGAAUCCAAUGACUG